AACAACAACAACAAACUUUCAAUCUGCUGCAUUCUGGAGACCCAACAGAGUUUUUUCUCUGCUGCUGAAUUAGCAUAGAAUGACGUCAAAGGGGCGUGUCAGUCAGGAUUACAAGCUGAGAAGAUUGAGUAAUCACUGUGGAGACAGCUUUUAAAGUUUUCCUUUUGUUGGACUUGUUUGGAGUUAAUGCCGUGAAGUUUCUAGGAUCUCACUUUUUAAUGCCACGUCUGUUUUGUUUUGCUUAUUUUCCCACUUGAUUUCACAAGUAAGAGGCACUUGUGAACUUUAGAAUGGACUCUACUGGACACUGGAGAAAAUACACAAUUUUAUUGUUUCAUUUUCUGGUGUUUAAUGCUACUUCUUCACAUGAAUCUUCAUCUGGAAAUACAGUAAAUGUGAGCAGUGAGAGACAGUUUGCUGAUAUCGUCUCAGGGCAGCAUACGCCUUCCUCCUGGUAUUAUACAUCUGUCGGCUUACACUCCCAUAACAGAAGGCGAACACAGAUGGCUCUUUCCAAAACUUUUUAUUCAUUUGAAGUGAAAGAAGACACAGUACCAGGGACAGUUGUGGGAAAGUUGGAAAUGGCGUUUGAGAGUCUCACGCCUAUCACAUACUCAGUGCAGGAGGAUGAUGGAGAGAACCUGUUCCUCCUCAGCCCCUUCUCAGGGGAGUUCCUAUUAUCCCGCAGCCUGGAUUUCGAAGCACAAAGAUUCUACAUACUCACUGCGGCGGUGCAGCAGGGGGAUUCACAGGGAUCCGGUGUCAGGGUGUACUUCAAUGUGUUAGAUGUGAACGACAACCCCCCUGUUUUCAGUCAGGAUACCUUUCCUGCGUCGCUGCUGGAAGACGCUCGGGUGGGCACUUGCUUCCUGUCCUUGAAUGUGUCAGAUAUCGAUGAUGGUGACAAUGGAGACUUGAAACUAAGGGUGGUUGGUGGCGAUGAGGAGAAGGUGUUCUUCAUAAACACAGCUGGCAGUUUGUGCCUGAACACAGAGUUAGACAGAGAGAGACAACCCCUCUACAAUCUGACUGUGACGGCCAAUGACUGUGUCCAGACUGUGUCUUCACAGUUCACCAGCACGGCGCAUGUUAUUGUGGUGGUUGAUGAUGUCAAUGACAACACUCCAUUGUUUGUGUCAGCCAAAACAGUCAGUACACCAGAGGACACUGCACUUCAUUCUGCUAUCAUGACUGUGCAUGCUGAAGAUGAAGAUAUUGGAUCCAACGGGGAAGUUUCAUAUUAUUUGAACAACACUUCCGGUGGCAAGUUUAGCAUCGAUAACAGGAGUGGAAAAAUAUACCUGGAGGAGGCAUUGGACAGAGAACAGGUAGACACCCUGAUUAUUUCUGUAACAGCCGCUGAUGAAGGCUCACCCAGAAUGGCAACCAUUAUGAAUCUCACGGUGCACGUUGAGGAUGCUAAUGACCAUGAUCCCGAGUUCUCUCAAAGCACCUACAGCUUGACAAUCAGGGAGGACAUCUCUAGAGGAACGAGCCUAUUCCAAGUUCAGGCUCUGGAUCGAGACAUCGGGACAAAUGGACAAGUUGGGUACGUGCUGACCCAGGAGAGUCCGUUUGUGGUGGACGCGGUUCGAGGUGUCAUCACAGCCAUGGACAAACUGGACAGGGAGAAGGAUUCAAACUACACCUUAAUCAUAACAGCUGUAGACAAGGGGAAUAUACACAGAUCUGCCACUGCUACUAUCAGUAUUACAGUGUUGGAUGUUAACGACUUUGCGCCCCUCUUUACUCCACAAACACUGACCAUGCAUGUAACAGAGAACGAUGAGGACCCCGCUCAGCUCACACGUCAGGUAUCAGCUUUGGAUGAAGAUUUAGGCGCAAACAGCCAGCUGACCUAUUUUUUACAGAAAGGAAAUAGCGACGGUUUGUUCUCCAUCUCUCCCAGUGGCACGUUUCAAAUUUUACACAGCCUGGACAGAGAGAGGGAAUCAUCUUACUUUGUCAACAUCGUUGCUGUUGAUUCAGGAUUGAUGCCUCUAACAGGAACUCUCACCAUACACGUCAUAGUGGAUGAUGUCAAUGAUAACCGUCCAGAGUUUACUCAGGAAGGCUACAACACCAUAGUGUCUGAGGACAGCCCCACAGGCACCGUGUUUGCCAUGAUAACUGCAUCUGACGUAGACGAGGGAGUCAGUGGGGAAAUAAGGUAUUCCAUGGAGAACCUUGAUGUGCCUUUUGACAUCGCAGAAACAUCUGGAGAGUUGUUUACAACUGAUGUCCUGGACAGGGAGACAGUAGCCAUUUACAGGUUGAUGGUGAUUGGCAGUGAUGGGCAUCCGACUCAGCCUCUGUCAAGCUCAGUGCUUGUUUCUGUUCUCAUUGGAGAUAUUAACGACCACUGGCCCCAGUUUAUGUACAGCCCCUAUGUGGCCUAUGUGCCCACCGAGAUGGCUCCAGGCUCAGUUGUUUGUGCAGUAAGAGCAACAGAUGGAGAUACUGAAAUGAACGCAGAACUGCAUUUUUUGUUGUAUGGACAAAGUUCAGAUCUGUUUUCCAUCCAUCCACACAGCGGCACUGUAUUUGCUUCAAGUGCUUUCUGGAGAACGGAAGAUAUCAUUGUCAGUGUACAUGUGGAAGAUGCUGGAGAAAAUCCCAAAUUUGACAUCACUACUAUCAGCGUCCGGUUUCACAACGCCUCUGAGUUUCCAGAGGUGACUGUGGAUGUUCUGAUUGAUUUCCUCUCUGAGGACGAGCCAGUGGGAACAUUAGUUGCGGUUGUCUCUGCAGCGAGCGCCAGAGCUGAUCCAGUCUCCUAUUAUCUCGCUUCUGGAAACUUUGAAGACAUGUUUCAUGUGGAGCAGUUGAGUGGAGCGUUGACCGUGGAGAACCCUCUGGAUUAUGAAAGCAAAGAGGAAUUUACCUUGUUGAUAGAAGCCAGAGACUCCGGCUCGCCUCCUUUCUCAUCAUUUGCAGAAAUUCACAUAAACAUCAGUGAUGUAAAUGAUAACCUCCCUCAGUUCACCCAAGCUGAGUACAGGUGUGAGGUUUUGGAGAACUCCCCGCCAUCCUGGGUUUGUGAUGUUUUCGCCAUUGACGCUGACUCAGGCAGCUACGGCACAGUGCAGUACACUAUUACAGAAGGAAACACUGAUAGUUUUUUCACAAUUGACCCUGAAAAUGGUUUACUGAGCACCACUACAAAUUUAGACAGAGAAAAUACCCCUGAAUUCAAUUUAGCGGUUAAAGCUGCAGAGCUAAACAACCCUCUUCAUAAAGACAUAGCAACGGUUAUUGUUGUUGUUUUAGACAGAAAUGACAACGCACCUCGUUUUUCACAGAUUUUUCUCACAGAGGUGCCUGAAGAUUCCCUUGUUGGACACACGAUUAUACAAGUCACCUCAACUGAUGACGAUUCUGGUGCCAAUGCAGUAAUAAAUUACUCCAUAAUUGAUCCAAGUGAUGAUCUGCCAUUUAAUAUUGACUUCACCACUGGCGACAUAACUGUUAAAAGACUUCUGGACAGGGAGAUGCACGAUCAUUACAUCUUGAAGGUAAACGCAAAUGAUUCAGCAUGGAGCAUUAGCACCGACGUCACUAUAGUCAUUGCAGAUGUCAAUGAUAAUAGACCAGUAUUUUCUGAUCAUUAUUACAGCGUUGUCCUCCCUGAAACACAAGGUAAAGAGGUGUUUGUCAUGCAGGUUCUUGCUUUAGAUGCAGACAUAGGGCAAAACAGUAAGGUUUUGCAUGUUAUUGAACCUCAAAAUGAGCAGUUUUGGGUGAACGCAUCCUCUGGUGAGAUCUAUACAAAGCAGCCAUUGACGUUACAUAAUACUGCUUUUCAAAUCUACCAGUUUACGGUUAUUGCAUUUGAUUGUGGCAGUGUUCCUCUGUACAGUAACACCACUGUCACAGUGAGAUUAGAACCAUAUAACUACUAUCCACCGAUGUUUUUACCUUUCCAGCCUUUGAUUGCUAUCCCGUAUCACAUGGAUGUUGGUACUGAGGUGGUUCAGUUCACAGCAAUAGAUCAGGAUGUCAGCAACACCAGCGAUGGUAUCGAAUAUGUUUUCAAUGGAGGCAAUGCAUCUGAUUUCUUCUGUAUCCAAGUCGACAAUGGAAAGGUGAUGUUAAAUCAGAGUUUGAUAGAGAGCGUAAAUUUGUUUUUCACAGUAUCAGUUAUUGCAAAAGAUCAGGGCAUCCCCUCUUUGUCAUCACAGACUGAAAUCACUUUUGAAAUUACUGGGAGGAAUCAAUUUCCUCCGAGCUUCAGAGAGCCGGAUGUGAUUUUCUCUGUCCCUGAGGACUUGCCGGUAGGAUCAGUAAUUGGGAAAAUGUAUGCAGAAGAUAGAGAUUACGGUCCCAAUGGUGCCAUCAUGUACUGCAUUACCCCAGAAAAUCACUAUUUAUCAUUCUCUGUAGGAGAAACAGCUGGGCUGCUCACACUGAUCAGAGAGCUUGACUUUGAAAAAGAAGUUAUUUAUCAUCUCCAAAUCAAAGCCGAGGAUGGAGGCUGGGUCUCUCAAACCGGCAUGUUAAAUGUUACAGUGGUAGUUAUGGAUGUGAAUGACAAUCCUCCGGUCUUUUCGUCCUCAGAGUACACAACGUCAGUGCCUGAAAACUCAGAAAUUGGAACAAAUGUCCUAGUUGUGAAGGCUACGGAUGCUGAUUCAGGUGCUGAAAUAUCCUAUUCUCUUAUUGCUGGCCAUGUGGAUAAAUUUGCAAUUGAUUCAAGAAAUGGCACUAUCACCACUUCGGACUUCUUUGAUUAUGAGCGAGAACAGAUCUUUGAUAUAACGAUUAAAGCUUUAAACAUUGGUGGCCAUGCUUUAUUUAGUUUGGCACACAUUGUCAUCCAAAUCUCAGAUGUCAAUGAGUUCACACCUACAUUCAGGCAAAAAGAAUACAACUUUUCUGCAUUUAAAAAUGUGCCUGUUGGAACUAGGAUCGGAAAAGUAACAGCUACAGAUUACGACCAAGGCUCUGAAGGUCAGGUGUUUUACCUGAUGUUUGGUCAAAGCAAAUACAUGGGCUUUGAAAUCAACAAACUUUCUGGAGAAAUAUACACAACUGGCAGUUUGAGAAAACAAGGCAACAGUCACGUAGUUUUAAAAGUUCUGGCAAAGAACUCUGGUGUUAUCACUGGCAUGGACGUAGACAAAACUUUGGUCCACAUCAGUGUGAUCGACACGAACGAUCCACCUGUUUUCACCACUGCACUUUAUUUGGCCAAUGUUGCAGAAAACAACCUGGUUGGGACACCUGUGAUAACGGUGAGUGCUCUGGAUGAAGACUCCAUUUUGGAGUGGAAUAGUUUCUUCUUCAGCAUUGAAAAUGGAAACACAAACUUCUCUUUUGCCAUUGGGCCAUCCAGUGGUGUUAUUUCAGUAAACGCUCCACUUGACAGAGAACUCAGGCCAGUUUAUAAUCUGACCGUUACAGCCACUGACAACGGCUCUCCACCAGCCACUGGGACUACGAAUGUCAUUGUGACUAUUGACGACGUUAACGACAAUGCUCCCAAACUCACAUUCACUGAAGCUCAAGUGAAGGAAAAUCAGCCUCAAGGCACAGUAGUUGCCAGAUUAAAUGCAUCUGAUUCAGAUUUUCCACCGAACAGAGGACCGUUUACUUACUGGUUGGUAAAUCCUUCAACAGGAAGUGCUUUUUCACUGACUCCUGAUGGAGUUUUAUUCACCAGACGGACUAUUGAUCGGGAACAAAUUGCUAUACAUCACAUCCUUGUGGCUGUUAGGGAUGCAGGGAUCCCUCCGCAAUCAUCAACAACAACGAUCCACAUCAAGAUUGUGGAUGAAAACGAUAGCCCUUCACUGCCUAGAAAUAUCGUAAUCGAGGUGAAAUAUUUUGGCAGUUCUUUCCAAGGAGGGAUGAUCGGUAAUGUCCAUCCCGAGGAUCAGGACGAGUCCGAUACAUUCAACUGCGCCAUCAUAAGCGGACAACUGAAUAUGUUCAUAAUACCUAAUGGCACAUGUGAGCUGUGGUCGCCUCCUUUUCAAGGCGAGGCUACAUUUAACAUCACAGUCGAGGCUACGGACCAGCUUCACUUCCCAGUCAACAACAGCAUCUAUGUGAACUACAAAGGUUUCACAAAUGCUUCCAUAGACAGCUGCAUAUUAUUCUAUGUGUCAUCAUCCUCAAUGGAAGAAUUUAUGUCUAAUAAGUAUUUGCGGUUUGUGAAAGCUCUGGACAGUCUGUUUAACCUACAGGCCUCUAAGACUCAUGUAUUUGGAAUUAAACAUCUUGGCAGUGAAAUCCUUCUAUUGGCUGCGGUGAAAAAUUACAACGGUCAAUAUCUUAGCAGAGAGGUAGCCAUUGGCAUCUCUGUAGGCCAUAAGAAAUUACUAGAAGGCCAUAGCAAUGUGACGGUUUCUCACAUCACAAGUGAUCCAUGUGUCAUCGGCCCUUGUCUAAAUGGGGGGGCGUGCAAGAAAAACAUUUACAUCAGCUGGGAUGUUGCUGUUCUGGAAAGCUCGCCGGUCAUCUUCGUUUCACCGCAGAAAGAGAUUUUUAAUUGCACCUGUCCAGCCGGCUUCAACGGGACGCUGUGUGAAGAUGAUAUCGACGAAUGUGAGACGAAUCCCUGUGAGAAUAAAGGCACGUGUGUGAAUACUCCAGGAAGUUUCUACUGUCACUGUCAGGGUGGCUUUUCUGGCUCUUUCUGCUCUACUGAUGUAGAUGAAUGCCUGAAGCUGAAGUGCCAAAAUGGGGGAACUUGUUCUUCCACUCAGGACGGAUAUCACUGUCACUGCCUGCCUGGAUUUGAGGGAGAAAUGUGUGAGCACUUCAUAGACCACUGUCGAUCAACCCCUUGUGUUCAGGGCAGCUGCAUCAAUUCACAGACAGGAUUCUCCUGUCAUUGUCCCUUUGGAGUCAGUGGAGUCCACUGUGAGGACCACAGUUAUGGCUUUGAGGAGCUGUCCUUCAUGGAGUUUCCCCCGUUGGAUCGCAGGACUAAUUUAAUCUCUCUAGAGUUUGCUACAGUGCAGAGGAACUCCCUGCUCCUGUACAACCCCGGAGGACCAUCUAGCAGGGAGUUUAUUGCACUGGAGAUACUGAAUGGGGCCAUACAUCUCUCUUAUGACCUGGGCCCAGGACCUGUGAGGCUGCAGACACACAAGCAAGUGGCCGAUGGAUAUUUCCAUAGUGUCACUGCCAGGAGGAUUGGGAACAUGGGUUCCUUGCAUGUGGACAACUGCACAGACAUUGAGAACAAUGGAUUUUGUUUUUCACGGCGUGAUGGCAGUAGCUUAAAGAGAACACUAGAUGUUGGCAGUAAUAUGACGUUCGGAGGAACGAGGACUUUUGAAUCUAUUUUACUGCUUCCUGCUCAGAUAAAAACCCACGACUUUGUUGGAUGUAUUCGUAAUGUUUAUGUAAAUGGCAUCCUGCUGAGACCUUCUAUGGCCCUUGCAACAUAUAACAUCCUUGAUAGGUGUCCUCGGACAACACCAUCACCAUGUCAGAGCAACACAUGUAAGAACAGCGGCUUGUGCCAUGACUUUUGGUCUGACUAUCUUUGUGAGUGCAAAAGCCCUUUUACCGGAAGCAACUGUGCUAAAGAAAUGUCAGAGGGGCUUGUUUUGCGAUUUGAUGGGAAUGACUACAUUGAGUAUGUCAUCAAGGAGCGAUUCAAGAGAGACUACCUGCUAAAAGACUUGUUGGAUGAUGAAAAAGAAGGAAACGCCAGAGACCAAAAUGGGAUUAACAUAAAGUUUAAGACCCAAGAUAAUGGAGUGUUAAUAUUUGUUCGGCGGCAGGCACUGGAGGUUGCUGCGGCUCCGAGACGGGAGCGGCGGCAGGCACUGGAGGUCGCUGCGGCUCCAAGGCGGCAACUGGAGGUCGAUGCGGCUCCGAGGUGGCAAUUGGAGGUCCAUGCGGCUCCGAGGCGGCGCCGGCCGGGACUGGAGGUCGCUGCGGUUCGGAGACGGCGGCGGCCGGCACUGGAGCUGGCUGCGGGGCAGAGGCGGUGGCGGCCGGGACUGGAGAUGGCUGCGGGGCAGAGGCGGCGGCGGCCGGGACUGGAGCUGGCUGCGGGGCAGAGGUGGCGGCGGCCGGGACUGGAGCUGGCUGCGGGGCAGAGGCGGCUGGGACUGGAGCUGGCUGCAGCGCAGAGGCGGCAGGAACAGGAGCUGGCUGCGGCACAGAGGCGGCAGGAACAGGAGCUGGCUGUGGCGCAGAGGCGGCAGGAACAGGAACUAGAGUUCGCUGCGGCUCCGAGGCAGCAGCUAGAUACGGUGUCGACCACCGAGUGUUCCCCUACACUUGCUUGGCCCCGUCUCCGGCUGAGAAGGUAUCUGGAGCCGGCACGGGGGAUUCCCAGACCGGCGGAGCGAGGACAGGAGGGAAUAGUGCGGGUGCUGGAACUGGUGGAGACUUGA